AUGAUCUCCAAUCUCGACAUCCCGGACCUGCGUGUCUUCUGUGCCGUCGACCAGAAACUCGCCGCUCUGAACCGCGAACUACGCUUCAUAGCCCGUACACUCGCGCGACUACGACAUCGUCACCAUGCCGCUCUUGUCUUCUCGAGCAGUAGCAGUAGCAGUAGCAACAGCAAGCAAUCAAACUCGAUAUACACCGUCACGGAACUCCAGCAGAAUCUUCAGAAGCAUUCCGUGGAAAUGCUGAAACGACUAUUCAUCACUCCUAAAAAGGAAAGGCAAGACGAUAUUGAAAGUGCGCCUACGACGCCGGUUGAUGAGAAUCCACCGCCAUGUCUUUCGCCACCUGACUCCAGGCCCGCUUCAACGGCGAGGAGAUCCGUUACAGAGCGACCGCAGAGUCUGCAACUACUGGCCGGUCUAUCGAGGACGUAUCCAGCAAGUGCACCCUCGUCACGCCCGACUUCCUAUCACGAGUAUACCUCGCCACCACGACCAGCCUCAUAUGCCGCACCCAGCCAAACAGACACAAUAACCCUCCUCGUCGACCAAACCUCCCAAGCAAUCUUCACCCUCCCCCGCCACCACCUCCCCACCAUCUCCGCCAAAUUCGCCCCCAAACCCAUCACCAUCUUCCCCAACCGCGGCUCCGACGACCCAAUAACAAUAACAGCCAUCCAUCUCCCCGGCAUCACCACCGCAGACCUAACCGAUUUCCUCCACUGGACCCGCACAGGCCACAUCCUCCCCUUUUCCCAAAAACCCUCCGAUCCAGAAUGGCAUCUCGAGUCCCUCGCUCGCCGCCUCAUCGCCGCCCUCGCCCUCGGCAUCACACUUUCAAGUAUCCCCUACCAAGCCGCCUUUUUGCGGGAAUUUCACGCACUAGGCCCUUCAUUGCCGUGGCCAGAGGAUUUCGUCAAUAUUCUUUUUGCCGCGACGAAGUUGGCCGGAUGCGGAGAUCAUCCGGCGGAGGGGUUGAUGGUUGGGUUGGUCAAGGCGAAGACGAUGGGGGGGAACGGGAGGAAGGUUAGGGCGGGCCCGCGGGACAGAAAUUGUGAGCGGGGGGAUCGGAUCAGGUGUUCGAGGUUUUGGGGGUUGUUUGAUGAGGGGGUUCUUGGUGAGGGGGAUGGUGGGGAGGGAGGGUCCUUGGGGGAUGUGGAGGAGUAUGUAAGUAGAUUAUGA